GACGCCAUUUUACAGGCGAAAUUGUGUGUGUGUGACGCGUUGUUGUAAACCCAGCAAAAAUCCAGAAAUUUUUCUUUUGCUGUAAAAAGCUAGUGUUUACGGCCGGAAAAGAGAAGUAGAAGCAGAAGCUUGAGGAGGAGGAGCACUUAGUGAAGAUGUCGCAACGCUUUGCACCUGGCCAAGCGCCGGUGCAGUCGCGCUACCAGCCGCCGCCGCCGUCGCCCGGCAUGCGUCCCUAUCCGCCGCCAGGCGCCACUUUUCCGCCGCGCGGCUUUCCCCUGCAUCCGAACACCACACAACCGGUUCCGGGCACAACGAACGUGGCCGGAGUGCCGGGAGUUCCCGGAGUGCCCGGCGGCGUACCCGGGCCAUCGUUGCUGCAGCGCGCCGCCCAACAGCCGGCCUUCCAGAGUAGCCUGCGCGGAUCAGGUGCCGCCGGCGGAGGCGGUGGAUCCGGCGGCGGGAGCAAGCGGUCCAACGAAUCGCGCAGCUUGGGCGGCGGAGGCGGUGGCAAAGGCGAUUUCGUUACGGCCAAGAAGAAAAAGAAGCUGGCGGACAAGAUACUGCCGCAGAAAGUGCGCGAUCUGGUGCCGGAGUCGCAGGCGUACAUGGAUCUGCUGACGUUCGAGCGGAAACUGGACGCCACCAUUAUGCGCAAGCGCCUGGACAUCCAGGAGGCCCUCAAGCGGCCCAUGAAGCAAAAGCGCAAGCUGCGCAUCUUCAUCUCGAACACAUUCUAUCCCAGCAAGGAGCCCUCGAACGAUGGCGAAGAGGGAGCCGUAGCCUCGUGGGAACUGCGCGUGGAGGGCCGCCUGCUGGAGGAUGGCAAGGGCGAUCCCAACACCAAGAUCAAGCGCAAGUUCUCGUCGUUCUUCAAGUCGCUCGUUAUCGAGCUGGACAAGGAGCUGUACGGGCCGGACAACCAUCUGGUCGAGUGGCAUCGCACCCACACCACCCAGGAGACGGACGGAUUCCAGGUGAAGCGGCCCGGAGACCGCAAUGUGCGCUGCACCAUCCUCCUGCUGCUCGACUACCAGCCGCUGCAGUUCAAGCUGGACCCGCGACUCGCCAGGUUGCUGGGCGUGCACACGCAGACCCGGCCGGUGAUCAUUUCCGCCCUCUGGCAGUACAUCAAGACGCACAAGCUGCAGGAUGCCCACGAGCGGGAGUACAUUAACUGUGACAAGUAUCUGGAGCAGAUAUUCAGCUGCCAGCGCAUGAAGUUCGCCGAGAUACCGCAACGCCUCAAUCCGCUGCUGCAUCCACCCGAUCCGAUUGUCAUCAAUCACUUCAUUGAGAGCGGCGCCGAAAACAAGCAGACCGCCUGCUACGACAUCGAUGUGGAGGUGGACGACACGCUCAAGAACCAGAUGAAUAGUUUCCUCAUGAGCACCGCCAGCCAGCAGGAGAUCCAGGGGCUGGACACCAAGAUCCACGAGACGGUGGACACCAUCAACCAGAUGAAGACGAACAGGGAGUUCUUUCUGAGCUUCGCCAAGGAUCCGCAGAUGUUUAUCCAUCGCUGGAUCAUCAGUCAGACAAGGGAUUUGAAGCUGAUGACAGAUGUGGUGGGCAAUCCGGAGGAGGAGCGGCGGGCCGAGUUCUACUACCAGCCAUGGACGCACGAGGCCGUCUCGCGCUACUUCUUCACCAAGGUCAACCAGAAGCGGGCCGAAUUGGAGCAGGCGCUGGGCAUACGCAACGGUUAGGCCAAUGCGAUUCGUCGAUCUCCUCCAGCAGCCAAUUUCUGGAAGCAACGCCAACCAGCAUCCGUAAUCCGUGCGCACGGCAAACUCUUUUUCCUUCGCCAGUUUAGUUUAAGCUUAAGGUAUAUCCCUUUUUUUUCGACAAGCUGAACUCCAACCCUACCCUUUCCAUAACCCAAAUCCUACAUCCACAGCAAACACACAUCCAGAACAAAUAUUGGACUUAACAGUAAGCUAAUAAAACGGCAUACAAAUAUAAAAA